UCUGUGUCGCGCGGUGCACGCCGGGAAUUGUAGUCCCGCGUGUCCUCCCUAGCGGGCGGAGGUGCGGACUACAGCUGCCGGCGUGCAGCGCGGCUGCGCCUGCGUAGUGCGGCGGCCUCGGGCUGGGGGAGCUGAGGGUCAGAGGGGUCUGAGGGGCCGGGACGGGCUCCUGAGGGGCUGCGGGCGCUGAGGGCAGCAGGAGGCUCCUGAGGGGCUGUCAGCCGCCGGGACGCCCCCAUUCCCACCAGCCUUCUCUCCCGCAGGCCAUGAGCGGCGCCGGGGGCUCGGAGCGGCCGGAGGAGCGGCCGGAGGAGCGGCGGCGCCUUGUGCCCCCGGCAAGUCCCGUCCCGAGCGUGUCCGGCCGGAGCCCCCCCCAGCCGAGACCCGCGGGGGCCCCAUCUCAGGGGUGCCAGCCCCCCACUUCCCCCCAUUGCUCCAUUCCUACCGUUACAACCACGUGAAAUCCUCCUGAGGGUACAGACCCUCCCUGAAGGGGCCUGAGCCGCCUUCCCGGGGCUGUUCCCUGGGGGGAAAGCUUGGGAUUGGGGGUAAGCUGGAGUUUGGGGUCUGCCGGGGGGGUGACGCUCUGUUUGUUCCCUCUGUCCCCCUCAGAUUCCUGCUCUGGGGCAGGGAGGUGUCCUGCAGGAGCUGGUGCUCGGAGAGGGGCAGCCCCCAGAGCCUGGUGAGCUUUUGCUGCUUCCCUUGGAUCAGCCGUGGCGUUUCCUGGUGGGAAAGUCACCUGCGAGCCCCCAGGGAUCAAGCAGGGGGGGAUGUCUCAGUCCAAUCCGUCUGGCCCCAUAUCAUUCCCCAAACUCACCCAAGACAAACCUUGUGGGGUGGCUCCGAUUGGGAUUUUCCUUGGAAAAGAGGAAACGCAGCCGCAGGGUGUACUGAGCAGGGCUGGGGGCUGGAGGCAGCCCCCCACUCCGUGUCUGCCCCCCAGAUCUGACUCCGGUACCCCUUCCCUCGGGCAGGGAUCAGCGAGGAGCAGCGCCAGGCCCGGGAGGAGUGGGAGGCUCUGGAAGAGAUCCAGUCAGGCUUGGGGGACACCUCGGGCGCGGCCCCGCCUCCGAUUUCCUUCACGGAGGCGCUGCAGCACUUCCAGAGCGCGGAGCUCCCCUCGAGCCGGGUACGGCCGGGCUCCGGCUCCGCUCCCUGCCGGGCGGGGGGCACCAGCCCCUGCCCCGCCCGCGGCCGCGCUCCCUGAGCGCUCCGGGCUCUUUCUCCUGCAGGGCAAGGCCCGCGCUCCGGGGCGCCGCGGCAUCCUGGCUGCCCUGCUCCGCCGCCUCCGCGGGCUCCCCCGGCUCCGCCCGCAGCUCCGCGGAGAGCAGGAGCUGGCGCUGGCCAUGGCACAGUGUGCCCUGGAUGACUCGGAGUGGGUGCACAUGCGGAUCCUGCAGACCAUCUACCGGCAGCUGACACGCUCCAGGCUGGGCUGCCCGCGCUACGGGGCACACUGGGAAGAGCUGGGCUUCCAGGGUGCAGAUCCUGGGACUGACCUGCGUGGGACAGGAAUGCUGGGGCUGAUGCAGAUCCUGUUCUUUGUCCUGGAUUCCCGGACGCUGCCGCUGGCACGGGAGAUUUUCCAGCUCUCCCAGCAUGAAACCCAGAAUUUUCCCUUCUGCAUCAUGUCUGUGAACAUCACCCGGAUCGUCAUCCAGGCGCUGCAGGAGGAGCGGCUCUCCCGGGAGUGCAACCGGCGGCAGCAGGUGAUCGGGGUGCUCAACGACCUCUACGCCGCCGCCUUCCUGCGCCUCUCCCGCCUCUGGGAGCAGCAGCACGGCACCGUGGCCAACGCGGGCUUCUUCCUCAAGGAGCUGGAAUUAUCCACCAAAAAGAAGCCAAGGCAGCUGCUGAAAUCCCUGGAAGCCUACCUGAGCCGUGGCCUUCGGCCUCCCUCCCCUCCCUCCUCCCAGGUCCACUUCACCAGCAUCUGUGACCCUGGGGUGGAGCUGGAGGGAGAUUCGUGACUGCUCUGACACGGAGUGGGAACUGCACAGGGAAUUCUGCUGGUGGAUCAGCCCUUGGAGGGACACACACCGGUGUUCCCCUGGUUUGGGGGCUCAGGAAGGGCCAGGAGAGGUCACAGAGCCGGGAUUUUGCCUGCUCCAGGUGGAACUUUCUGGAAGCAAAGGAGGAGGAGGAGGUGGUAGAGCAGGGGAUUCCGUGAGCUGCCCAGCCUGGUGCUGGGAUAGUCCCUGUCUCCACCCCAAAUCCAGGGUCCCCCCUGGGUCCUCACCCUCCCCAGUGGAGCUGGAAGGUGGUGCUGGGUUCCUGGCUCCCACCCCGGCCCCAGCAGCGCCUGGAACGGGUAAGCCCCACUUUGGGGGCUGUGUCAGAGCCCAGGGUCACUGUGGGCUGUCAGCACCCAAAGAAGUUCUUAAAGGGGGAGAUGAGGGAUCUGCUGGGAAAGAGGGUUUUGGGUUUUUCACUGGGCUCCGUGUCUGGGGCAAGGAAAGGCGAGCUGGGGUGCCCAGAGUCCACUUUGGGGUGAAAAAGGUGUUCUGGAGGAGAGAAACCAGGGUUGAGAGCUCCGAGGAGGAGGGCAAGGGUUAUUCCCUCUGGGAAUGUCCCCAGGCCCCUUAAAAUGGGGGAAAGCAGCCCCCAAAGCCCAAAUCUGGAGAGAAAUGAGGGGGUUGGAGAAGUGGGAGCUGGGGGAGAAUGGAACAUUGUGGCCCCAGCCCCCCUGAGAGGGUGAUGAUUCCUGGGGGCUGGGAAUGCUCCUGGAUGGAAAAAAAAAAAAAUAAAUUGAGCAAAAGCAGCUUGGA